AUGGGGUGGCGUGUUCGCUACGCGGAUGGACCGGCUGAGAGCUCAACUGGAUACGGCUCAAGGACCUUGUCAACGUCACUCACGAACCUUGAGAACUUCUUGCAUAGCAAUGGCGAGGGAAACAAGAAACUAGUGGAGAAGAUGCUGCGGCCCUCACGCCUAGCGAGGACGGGCCAUCUAGAGAAAAUCAUACCUUCUACAAUUGGUGAUUUGAACGCCAAAAUUGGCCCCAGAAGAACGCCUGGAAAACUUCACAUCGGAUACCACGGCCUUCAAUGGAAUGAGCACGGAGAGAGGCCUUCCGAGUUCAUCAUGACGACUAAGACCAUCCAUGGGAAUUUGCAAUUCCAGAAGUCUUCUUUAUUACGCUGGGAGUCACCCGAUCAUAAUGAAAUUGGCCACAUCAUCGACAGUAAAAGGUUUUGCCUGACGUAUGUCGCUGUUGUGCCAAAGUUUUGUAUGGGAUCGGACCAUCGCCUUCUUCGAAAAAGAUUUUCUUCUACAUGGAGAGGAGAGAAAGCCGCGAAGUUCACUAAGAGAACUCCUAGAACCAUCGUCGACUGGGAACUCUUCGCUUCGCUUGUCGCUUUUUGGGAAGGUGCCGUUAUGGAAUAG